CCGUGUCUCCAGGAGAUGAGUUCAUUCUUCCGAAUGAUUACAGACCUAAUGAUGUGGAAGAUGUACUCCAGACACCUCAGAACAUGUCGGUCACGUCCAUUAGAGAUACCCAAGAUUCAGAGGUUCAGGUUUUAGAGACCGUUCCAACACCGGUGGAGAAGAGAACGAAGAAAAGGCCAAGGUGGUUUGACGAGUACACCGAAAUGAAGAAGAAGAUGAAGCCAUCAACAACCAAUGUGAAUGUUGACCCACUUCGGCCCGUUGAUGAGAAGCUACUACAUAGUUUUCGAAAUUAGUUAGUGGGAACCAUCGGAAACAAGUAUCCGAGGGACGUCUUCACCGGGCUGUGUGGCGUGGCUUGGUUCUCGACCCUAAAUACAGACAAACUAUGGCUUUCUGAUGACGUAAGUUUAUUAACUAAGUAUUAUAUGUUGUUAUUUACUGCUUUUUACCGUUGUUAUUUGUUUUUUUUUAAUGUUGUAAUGUGGUUGUGCUGACUUAUUUAUAUGUGCUGUGCAGCAUUUGGAUGCUACUUUCCAUAUGAUGAGGAGGAGGCAACACUUCUUCCCGGAGUUGUACCCACGUAAGUGUACUGUGAUGCCAUCUUGGUUUACCUCAUCGUUGAGGGGUCGGUGGGAUGCUUGGAAGAGCAAUACUGACCAUGAUGGUUUUGUUUGGGAUGAGUCCAUCUUGGAACUCCUUCGUGGGGAUCCAAACCAAUUUUUGCCUUCUUGGAAGGGUAUGGAGUGCAUAUACAUGGCCAUGUUCUUGAACGGACUGAAACAUUGGAUCGCUAUGGAGGUCAAUCUUGAGUUGUGGAAGAUAUUCCUCUUCGAUUCGAGUCUUGGAUCUCUAACGAAAGACGAACUGAAUUCGCUUAUGGAUGUGUGGUGCCCUUUACUAGCCAAAUUGGUGGACCAGUGUGGUGUAUGUGACACUCAUUACAUGGUGAUGGUCCCUCAAAUGACAGCCUCCGAAAGUCAGGUCAGACCCUUCGACUGGGAAAUGAUGGACAAUAAAGUUGUACCUCAGACAAAAUCGAGCGGCGAUUGUGGAAUGUACGUCAUAGAGCAUAUUGAGCAUAAGUUAUUGGAUCUACCAUUCGAUGGAGUACAUGAUCAGCAUAUGUCGCUCUUUCGCCGUAGAUGGGCGAUAGAUUUAUUCUACCGUAACUUGGCAUGA